AUGGCACUAUGGCUAGAGGCAUAUCAGAAGUAUCCACCACAAAAUAAGUAUACUCCAAGUUAUCGAAAAGUUGUUAAAUUAAAAGUAGCAUCAUCAAAGAUAUGUUGUAACUGGAAUGUUUUGAAAAAUCACAAUUUAGCUAAAACAGCAUCGUGUAAAGAAAAACUUCAAAACUGUCCUCAAGAAAAAAUAGUAUUUAAUUAUACAGCAGCAUAUAUAAAUGUCUUAAGUAAAUAUAAUGUAUCUGAUUACUUAUCUGCUGAUUAUUUACCUUCACCAUCAGCAUUUAUUAAUAAUUAUAAUCAUAUUAUUAUGAUUAUUUCCUUUAUUAUUCUCGUUGCUAUGGUAUUUUUUAUAUGUUUGGUUUGUUUUUAUUAUAAUUGUGUCGAUCGUCAACAUUCAUUAGUACGCGAUACAAAAUUACGUGUAUCGCCGUCACUAAAUAGUGGAGUAAUCACUUUCGUUUUAAAAAUCAAUAUUAUUCCAGCGACGAUUAUUGUUAUCAAAAUGGCUAGUCGUACAGGGUUUUCUGUUUGUACAGUGUUUCAAAUCACUCAGCCACGAUAUGAAACUAGUUUACAGAGACUUUGGCUAAAACAAACACAGACAGCAGCGAUUCAUUAA